UCCUGUCAAUCAAAUUAUUUUUAUUAAAACAUGACGUAUUUUGAAAAUCACAAUUUUUUAAAUAGUAAAUUCGAGCAGCCCCACAACCACCUAGACCCUGGAAAUGGAACGACAAACGGUCCGGAUCCAAAUAAAAUCUGGAUGGAGGAUUCCAUAACCUCUGCCAUCCGGGUUAUUUGCGUUUUGAUACUUAGGAUCGGAUUUAUCCUGGCUCAAGUAGGCAGCAUCCCGGUGGAAAAUGCAUUUAUGAUCAUUUUUCGGAACAUCAUUGAAAUGGCCACGGCGAUUUUCGUUUACGGUUUUAUCGGGUUUCAGCUAUCUUUUGGCAAGAAGUCUUUCUAUGGAAUGAUCAAUUAUGAAGGUUAUAUUGGGGAUGAGAAUGCUAAUCUUAGUUUGGCAACUUUAGGGUUUUCAUCGUGCCUCCUCGGUACAGCCAUUACUUCAACUAUGCUGGUCGCAAGACUCCGCCAAUUACCCAUGCUCCUCAUAACCGUCCUGAUCAGUUCGGCGUUUCUUCCGAUUCUUAUGUGCUGGUGUUGGAGCAGUCAAGGUUGGAUGACCCAUGUGAAACUAGUCGACCAAAGAGUCUCUGUAAAGGAUUUCGGUGCUAACUUAGUAGUCCACGUACCUACAGCCACUAUAGGGCUCAUCGGGACUCUAUUUUUGGGCAGACGAAUCAUGAAGUUGAAGGACGUUGAUAAGUUUUCUUUGGGGAACGAGUAUACUAGCGGCAUCGUUACUGGUUAUAUUUUUAUUAUAAUUGGACAUAUUGGACUUAACAUGCCUACAUCCAGUUACGAGGCUCGACAUGAAAUGAGAGAUUACAUCAGCCAUGUGUCUGUUAACAGCCUUAUGGCAUUGGGAGCUGGAAUAUUGGUAAUCUCCCUGCUUGUCGUAGUUUUCACCAGAGACGUUUAUAGAUAUUGGAUAAUCGUGAAGUGUCUCCAAGGAGGGUUGGCUGGUGUAGUCAUUGUGUCAGCAGGAAUAGACGUGUACACUCCUGCAAUAAACUUCGGAAUUGCUUGUGGAGGAAGCAUGAUCUUCUUUCUCGUAUCGAACCUGGUCCAUUACUCCGCUGUUGAAGAUUGCUGCAACAUAGUGGCCAUUUAUUUGGUCUGUGGCUCAUUAGGAGUUCUGCUGCCAUCGGUGUUGGGCAGUAAAGAGCAUCUGGGACUCUCGGUUCCGUUUUAUCAAAGCUUGAUACACUUGCUGUGGCAAUUUCUUUGCUUGAUUAUUGUUUUAAUAACGACGAUCGCGAUAUUUCUAUCUGUAUUCACGCUGCUGCACGUCAUUGGGGUUUUGCGGAAUGAGUACGAGGAAGAGAAUCAUCAAAGGGCGAAAGUUUUAUACGGUCGGUUGCCGUGGAAAAGGUACCUCGAUAGGAUUUUUAUGAUAAAUGACAAGAGUAAGGAUAUUUCACCGGAGAGUAAUCGGGACGCUAUGAAUCAGACUUUUACCGCUACAUAAUGUUAAUUUAAGUUAUAUAAAAAUGUCCAGUUAGUAAAGAAAAUGACAUUAAUAGAA